AUGACGAGAAUGUUUGGUAACGGGAUAGUGUUCAAGAAGAAGCAUAAUGGCGAUGAAAAUGAAAUGCACGUCCUGAUCAACCAGGAGGGUUCUGGAAAAUCCUUCACCAUGAUGGGUUCUGAGAAUAAUAAAGGCCUUAUUCCUCGGCUGUGUGAUGCAUUAUUUGAAAGAAUCGCUUCCAACAAAGAUCCAAGUAACAGUUACAAAGUUGAAGUUUCUUAUAUGGAGAUUUAUAAUGAAAAGGUUCAUGACCUCCUUGAUCCAAAGGGUACCAACCAAAACUUGAAAGUUAGAGAACACAAUAUUUUAGGCCCUUAUGUUGAUGGUCUUUCCACCUUGGCAGUUUCAUCUUUUGAAGAGAUCAACAGUUUGAUAUUGGAAGGAAACAAAUCUCGAACAGUGGCAGCUACCAACAUGAAUAAUGAAUCUAGUCGAUCCCAUGCUGUGUUUAAUAUAAUUUUGUCGUGCUCUAUAAAAGAUACCGAGUUAGGUGUAACAGGAGAAAAAGUUUCUAAAAUGAGCUUGGUUGAUUUAGCGGGUAGCGAGAGGGCUGUCAAGUCUGGAGCUGUAGGAGAGAGAUUAAAAGAAGGAGCUAACAUAAACAAGUCUUUAACAACUCUUGGUCUAGUGAUAUCCAAAUUAGCAGACCAUUCUUCAUCGAAGGCUAAAGACAAGUUUGUUCCUUACAGAGAUUCUGUUCUGACAUGGUUGCUGAAGGAUAACAUUGGAGGGAACAGUAAAACGGUCAUGUUGGCCACCAUCAGCCCAGCUGCUGACAACUACGAUGAAACCUUGUCUACGUUAAGGUACGCUGACAGAGCUAAGAAAAUAGUCAAUCAUGCUGUUAUUAAUGAAGACCCAAAUGCUCGAAUCAUCAGAGAGCUGCGUAAGGAAGUUGAGCAGCUAAGAGAACAGCUGAAACACGCUACUAAACAAGAAGAUCUUUGUGAGAGGCUGAUGGAAUCAGAGAAGUUGAUGAAGGAGAUGAGUAGAAGCUGGGAGGAAAAGCUCAGUCGAACUGAACAGGUUCAUCAAGAGCAUCAGCAAGCCUUGGAAAAAAUGGGCAUUUCUGUGCAAACCUCUGGAAUCAGAGUGGAGAAUGACAAGCAUUAUUUGGUCAACCUGAAUGCUGAUCCAUCUCUGAAUGAACUAUUGGUUUAUUAUCUUAAAGAUCAAACAUUAGUAGGUCGACCGGAUGCUCCAGUUGAACAAGAUAUACAGCUCUUGGGAUUGGGAAUCAUGCCAGAGCAUUGCAUCAUUACAGUAGAAUACUUGGAUGUCUUUAUAAUUCCCAGAGAUGGAGCUAGGACGUGCGUCAAUGGGUCAGUUGUUACUUGUAGAACUCAGUUAAAGCAUGGUGACAGAGUCUUGUGGGGCAACAACCACUUCUUUAGGGUCAACUGUCCAAAAGCAACGAAUAUAUCUGGACGACCUAUUGAUUAUGAAUUUGCUAGAGAGGAGCUAAUGAUGAAAGAACUUAGUAAUGAUCCAAUCCAGUCUGCAAUGAAAGCUUUAGAAAGACAACAUGAAGAGGAUAAACACAAUGCUUUGGAGAAACAAAGACAAGUGUAUGAACGGCAGUUACAGAUGCUUCGUAACCAGAUGUCUCCAACUACUCCUUAUGCACCCUACUUUCCCUUUGAUCCUUUUAGUUUUGGAAGGAUAACCCCCACUGGGUCCUGCAUUAGUGUUCAGUCACGAAUGGAGAGAUGGGCAAAAGAAAGAGAUGAACUCUUUAAGAAAAGCUUAGCCAAGUUGCGACAAGAUAUUAUUAAGGCCAACACCUUAGUAAGAGAAGCCAACUUCCUUGCCGAGGAGAUGGGAAAAGAGACUGCUUUUAAAGUCACCCUACAGAUUCCAGCAGCCAAUCUCAGCCCCAAUAGAAAACGUGGGGCCUUUGUUAGCGAACCAGCUAUAUUGGUCAAGAGAAAAAAUAGGUGGAAACAGGUGUGGUCCACAGAGAAGUUGGAAAACAAGUUGAUUGAUAUGAGGGAGAUAUAUGAAGAAAGAAAAGAAGAGGGGUUAUCUCUGAAGGAUGACGAUCAAGAUAAAAACAAAGACCCAUUCUAUGAAACUCAAGAGAACCAUCACCUUAUUGGUGUAGCCAAUGUAUUUCUUGAAGUUUUAUUUCACAAUGUUGAGCUUGAUUAUCACAUUCCAAUUAUUAGCCAGCAAGGAGAGGUGGCUGGAAGACUUCAUGUUGGGAUUGAGAGGAUAGCAGGAAUAAUUCCAGAUAGACUGAGUGACUCUUGCUCCUCAGAAGGAAGCAUUCUUGAUAGAGAAAGCUUGAGGGGUUCUUUAAUUGACGUCAGUAGCCACAGUGAAGAGGGGAAUGAUCCAGUGCUUACUAAACAGGCUGUUAUAAAGGUUGCCAUCAAAUCUGCAAUAGGUCUACCACCAUCACUUGCAAACCUGGUUUUCUGUCAGUAUACUUUCUGGAACCAUCACGAGGCUAUCCUUGUAGCCCCUGUUGUUAUACCAGAAUACUCAGCUUCAAGAAAAAGCAGAGACAGAACAACUUUCAGAUUUGAUCAUACUAAGGAAUUUCUUGUGAAUGUCACAGAAGAAUUUGUGGAACAUUGUACAGAAGGUGCUCUAUCCAUUGAAGUCUGGGGUCACCGUGGUUCUGCUUUCACCAUCCCCAGACCUGGCUGGAUAGCUGAAGCCCAGCUGCAGAGGUCUCGAUCAUUGAUUGAUAGGUGGGCUGAAUUGACAAGAAAGCUAGAGUUUUGGGUAGAGAUUCAAGAACUGAAUGAACAAGGAGACUAUAGUCCUGUAGAAGUUAUCCCAAAACCAGACAGCUCAUGUGGUGGUGUCUACCAGCUGAAGCAAGGCCAGCAGCGUCGUAUUUUAGUGAUGGUAAGAUCAGUUCAGAAUUCUGGUACUCUCCCAUUUAUAUGUGAGACCAUAACAAGCAUAGCUGUUGGGUGUGUAUGUUCCCGCUCCAAACUCCAAAAACCCUUGGAUUCAUACCAAGAAGAAGAUCUGAUUCUCCUUCGGGAUAGGUGGUCAGAGGCUUUGGUGCGUAGAAGGGAAUACUUAGAUGACCAGAUGCAGAAAGUUAUAUGUAAAAAAGAUGAGGAGAGAGAACAGAGUCUGAUUGACCAGUGGGUUUCUCUGACAGAAGAACGAAAUGCCGUCCUUGUGCCAGCGCCUGGAUCUGGAAUUCCAGGAGCUCCAGCAGAAUGGGAUCCUCCAUUAGGGAUGGAAAAGCAUAUUCCAGUGAUCUUCUUGGAUUUAAAUGCUGAUGAUUUGAGUAUUACUGGUGAUACUUGUGGCGGAGUUCCUGUGGCUGGAGCCAACUCAAUCCUUCCGAAGGAACAUGGAAGCAAAAUGUUUAACCUUCCUAUCAUAAAAUACUCGGAUAAAGACCUAUCAGCUGUAUCUGUGUGGGAUUCCUCUAUCCAUGACUCCAUCCAUCUAAACAGAGUAACUCCUCAGAAUGAACGAGUUUAUUUAAUCCUCAAAGCUUCUGUGCGUCUUAGUCAUCCAGCUACAAUGGACAUCUUGCUCCGAAAACGACUUGCCCUAAAUGUGUAUAAAAAGCAGUCGAUAGUGGAGAGAAUGAGGAAACGCAUUGCAAGACAGGAAUGCAUUUAUGGAACUGGGGUAAUGUAUGAAGUGGUGUCAAACAUUCCAAAGGCUUCAGAAGACCCCGAGGAUCGAGAAUCCCUUGCUCUUAUGGCUGCAUCAGGAGAGGAUGUUGCGACCAAUGAUGGUGAGAGUUACAUAGAGAAGUACACAAGAGGAGUUUCUGCAGUUGAGAGUAUCCUAACGCUGGAUAGAUUAAGACAGGAAGUUGCAGUUAAAGAGCUACUUACUCUUCAGCGACGAUUUUUACGGAAAACCCUGAGCGUUCCCAACAUAGGUCACAUCAUGAGACGUGAUUCCAGUUAUAAGUUGGAUGACAUUUUGAGAAGUGACUCUACAAGUGACCAUUUGUUACCUGACACCUAUCGGCAGAGGCCUACUUCACUAAGGGAUUCAGGUAGUGAUAGUAAAAGAUGGUCAACAUCAGUAGGGAAUGUCUCACAAGAAAAUCCUUUCAUUCUCGCUCGUCCAACGUUUCUGAACCUAAGUUUCAAUCUCAACUUGUGGCAGGGGUCUUCAUCCAAAUCUUCUCCAUUGAGUGGAAUGAGCCCUCAACCAAAGAAACUAGUAAAACCCAUGUCGACACUGUUGGAAGAACAGACUAACCGAGACUUACAUCUCAUUCGUGGCCAGGAACUUCUUGAGGAAGCCUCUGAUGGUUUAGAGGAAAGUGAUGGAACACCUGAAAAGCAAUCCCAGGAAGAAAUACGAAACAAAUUAGAAUUAGCAGAGUUGGAAUCCAACAACAGAAAAAUAAACAACAGGUGUUUAAGAAACAGCGAUCCUAAUCUUAAGGAUAAAAUUGGUUUUACAGAAAGAAAUCUUAAACACUCUGCAACUCAGGAUAGUCUGACAGAGCUUCAGAUACAAGCCAAAACUCCAAGUGCAUUAUCCAGUGGCUAUGGUUCUCAAGUACUGUCCACAACUCCAGUGUCUAGUGAGGACUCAAUGUCCAUUAGAAGUUUGAGUGCUGAAGACCUUACAAGCAGUGAGCCCAAUAGAUCAAUGCUGAGAAAUCCCGAUGAUCUGAAUGUUCAAAGUGAAGACAAGAUGGACGGUGCAUGUUGCACAGAAAGUCAACCCACACUGGAGAAAGUCACUCAGAUAAAGAUGGGUAUAUCUCCUGCACAACUUGAAGAGCUGUCGAAGUGUUGUCACAUAUCGCAUCUUGAAACUCAAGAUCAGAAAACAAAUAACAAUACAGAAGAAAACAUGUGGAAUGUUGGUAGAUAUUCAGAUUUCUAUAACAAACAGACCGGAGAAAGUCGAGGUGAUAUUUCCAAAAUUUUACAAACUGCUGCUGAUGUGGUGGGAAAUAUAAAUAGUAAAGCUUACUGUGAUAAGGAAGGUACAGAGAAUAUAAGACAAACAACUUGUAUUAAAGAGAAGACUAACAAUAAGUGUGAGUCUUUUUUGCUACAGAAAAGUGAUGAUGCAAUUGGGGAAACUAUAGACAUUGAAAAGAAAAACAUUGGGUGCGAGAAUAAAAUUUCAGAAAAUACUUCAAUUGAACAGAAUGUGAUAGAGACAUCAGUCAUUGUUAAUAACUCAGCAGACAGGCGAUCUAGCAUCCGGCUGCGAAUAAAGAAAUCAAAGCAGGUAAAUCCAAGUUAUCGGGCAUCAUAUCCAGGUGGCACACCAUCUCUGAAAAUUGAUUGCCAACAAGAUGAUAUUAAUGGAAGUAGUAUCCCAGAAGAGAAUGUGUCUUCAUUUUUAGGUGAAGAAGAUUCUUCUAGUCUUAGCUCCAGUAUCAGCCAUCCUAGUUUAAAAGAUUCAGCUGGUAUUCAUAUCCCAUCAGUAGGAGAGACCGUGGUUAUCAGUCCUCACAACAAAACAGGAGUUGUAGCAUUUGUUGGCCAAACAGAAUUUGCUUCUGGGAUAUGGGCAGGCAUUGUGCUUGAUACGCCUUCUGGGAAGAACGAUGGAUCUCUGAAUGGGGUACAAUAUUUUCAGUGCAAACCCUGCUUUGGUAUAUUUGUCCGACCAGAGAAAUUGACUCUGUGCAAGAGAAGAAGAACAAGUGGCAGUUCAGAUAGAUUGGUCCGAUCUAGUAGUAGUGACGAAGGAUUUUUGGUUGGGAAGUUUUCUUCACGACGAAGAAGUUGUGAUGAAAAUCAUUCGUUGUCAGCCAAAGGCUACAGUUUUAACUUUCAACAAGGAUGUAGCAGAAAAGACUCAAGCGCAAAAAGAAAACAUGUUUCUGAAGAACCUGCAGCAGGAAGCCUGAGGAGUUAUAGUGGAACAGAAGGUGUAGGAGUGUCAUUGACACGGAAACAAAUUUGUAGAUCUAGGUAUUACAAGGGUAACCAGUAGUAGACAUUAAAGUAUUAAACUAAGUCAUCCUUCCUGUGGACACUAAUUGUAGCUAGAUGUAUUAUAGUGUUUUAUUAAUGUUUGUAUGGUGGUAUCAGUUUGUGCUACGUAUAAUUCUGACUGAUAAUCGAUAUCUUAUUUGAGAUGCUCCUUUUAUUAUGUUGCGACUGAGUUACUAACACCCGAAGAUAAGCUGUUUUCUGAAGAAGAGCAUUUUUAGAUGCUACUUAUUAACAGAAUCGUUACUGUCUACUAUCUUGUGACACCCAAAGACGUAUUGUGCUAAUAAAAUCAGUUGUCUGAGUUGAUGUUUAAACUGCCAGUAAAUCAUAAAUAUGGGCAAGUAAUUAUAACUAUUGUUUUCAGAAGUGUGCCAUUUCCCCUGUAAUAGUAAAUGUGUGAAUUUCCAACAAAACAUCAUGCAUAGUCUUACAAUGGUUGGUGUUUUGAUUAUCUCUUAUGAAGAUUGUAAAGUUGUCAGCACUUGAAUCUAUCAGUGAACACCUUAUCUACCAUUUCCUGAUAUUAACCCUAUCCCUGUCUUGUACAUCACAUGCGAUUCAGAACAUAAUGCUAAAGCACCUGAGUAUAAUAAGUGAUACACAACUAUAUUUACUUGAAAAGGGGCUAAUGCUCGUGAAGGUGGCAACAGAAACUGGUUGUUUUGGUUCAAUGUACGAGUCAAGAAGAGAUCUUCAUAUGAACAUCACACAUGAUGCUCAAAGAGUAUGUGAAUGAUGAUAGAUUAAGUUACUUUUACUCAAGAGAAAAUGUAAACCUAGGAUAAAUACAAUAAUUUGUUUUUAUUAAUUCUUUAUAUUUUUGGUACCCAUUACACAAAUGUUCCUACUUGGGUAAGUAGUCAAAUAUACAUAUCCAAAAAAAUCAUUAAAUGACUUAAAACAGGGAAAGGGUUAAUAGAGUUACCAAUGCUUAUACUCCGUCACAGACAUUGUUAGGGCUAAUUGCCAGUGCUUAGGCUGUGUUACAGAGAUUAGUAAGGUUACCAGCUGGUACUUAAGGUCUGUCACAGACCUUGUAAAGGUUAUCAGCUAGUGUUUAGACUCUGUAACAAACAUUUUGUAUGGUUAACAGCUAGUUUUAGACUCUUUUUACAAACCUUGUUAGGGUUACCAGCUAGUGCUUACUCUCUGUCACAGACCUUCUUAGGGUUACCAGAGUUAGAAUAUGUCACAGGUAUUGUUAGGGUUAAAUGCCAAUGCUUAGGCUUUUUAACAAGUGCUGUUAGGGCUACCAGCUAUUAUUUAGGCUCUGUCACAGAUUUUGCUAGAAUUAUCAGCUAGUGCUCAAGCUCUGCCACAGACCUUGUUAGGGUUACCAGUUAGUGCUGAGGAUAUUUCACAGACAUUUUUAGGUUCCCAGUGCUAGAAUCUGUCACUUGUAGUAAUUGUUAAGGUUAAAAAUGCUGUCCACCAUAGCAAGUCUUAGUUGUAUACAAUUAAAAAGUAGUUAUAUGUUAAAAACAAAGAACAAAUGAUAAUUUUUUUUUCACUUAUAAAGGUAUUUAGAAAUGUUUAUAGUAGAAAUGUUUUAACUAAAGAGUACAUUGAAUUUGAAUUCUUAUUAGUUAUUUGUAAGGUAAUAUACAAUGUUUCUCUCAGCCAAGUAUGUUUUUUUAUAUUCAUAUAUGUUUUAACCAAGUUUCAACUAGUGUUAAUAGUUAGUUAUAUGUUUAAUGCUGUUUAUAUAUGUUUAUAUGUUUAUUGGUUACUUAUUUAUAAUCAACAUUUGUUUCAGUCAGCUGAUACGUGUGUUCGUUUCCAAAUAUCUGUUUGUCUGAGCAUGUGUUAGUAUUUCUGCUGAAAUACUGUUUAUCUCAGUUUAUGAUGGCAUCUAUGUUCAAACAUCUUUUGGAAUCGAAAUCUACUGGUAUUUAUAUAAUUUUUUUAACACUGCUGGCAACAGUUUUUCGGUACUUUCUUUAUUUCUUUAAUUGUAUGGUAAUGCUUAUGUUGUUCAUUUGUUUCAGUUUAACCUCUGUUAUUUAUAUAAUAAAAAGAGAAUUAUGUUUGUUUUUGUAUAUUUGCUUUUGUAAAACGAACUUUGCGCUAUAGUCAGUUUUGUUACUUGGGUUUUUGUAUACAUGUUUUAAAUCACUUUUUUAUGUUUCUAGUUAGGACCCCAGUCUUUGAAAGUUAAAAUAGUCCUUUCUUCUGUCUCUAUUGGGUAUUUACUCUGAUUAUACUCUUCUAAAGAUGCAGGUGUAAGGAAAGAUAUUGCAUUUAAUGUUGAUAAUAACAUUUAAAUAUGUUCCAUUGAGAAUAUUUGAUUUUAAUAGCAUAAUACUUGUUUUAUAGUAUUUGUUUGGGUUUCUAUCCUGUCAAAAUUAUAUUGACAGGUGAAUAUUCCUUAAAACUGAAAUGUUUGAUAUUAGAUAUUGAAUUGAAGGAACAAAUUCAAGCUCUGUGAUAGUGCAAGCUUGUUUGGGUAAACUUGUGUCUAUGUAUGUAUAUAUGUGUGUGUAUAUAUAUAUAUAUAGAGAGAGAGAGAGAGAGAUAAUGGAAUGUGCUAAACCUUACAUGAAAAAGUAAAUCUUGAGAGCAGUUAAAUUCAGGAUAUUUGAGUUAUUUACAACAGUAUAAAUAUAUCACUUUAAAAUAUUAUCAAGUAAUAUCAAACUAGUUGAGUUACAAGUAAACAGAAAUGACUGAUCUUGUUAUUGGUAUCAUAAUUAUCUUUAAAUACUGUUGAUUCUACAGGAAACUCAUCAAAUAAAACUUUUUACUUUGCAAGUACUUGAUUGUUUUUAUCAGUUUUGAAAUGAAUAAUAUUUCCUUUUAUUACAGACAUGCUCGUUGGUGCAUGUUGAUAUUGAAAUGCUGGCCGGUGCAUGUUGAUAUUGACAUGCUGGCUGGUGCAUGUCAAUAUUGACAUGCUCAUUGGUGCAAGCUGAUACUGACAUGCUGGUUGUUGCAUGUUGAUACUGAUAUACUGGCUGGUGCAUGUUGAUACUGACAUGCUGUUGGUGUGGAUGAUACUGACAUGCUGGUUGUUGCAUGUUGAUAUUGACAUGCUGGCUGGUGCAUGUUGAUAUUGACAUGCUGGCUGGUGCAUGUUGAUAUUGACAUGCUGGUUGAUGCAUGUUGAUACUGACAUGCUGGUUGAUGCAUGUUGAUACUGAUAUGCUGGUUGAUGCAUGUUGAUACUGAUAUGCUCAUUGGUGCAAGCUGAUACUGACAUGCUGGUUGUUGCAUGUUGAUACUGAUAUACUGGCUGGUGCAUGUUGAUACUGGCAUGCUCGUUGGUGUGGAUGAUACUGACAUGCUGGUUGUUGCAUGUUGAUAUUGACAUGCCGGCUGGUGCAUGUUGAUAUUGACAUGCUGGCUGGUGCAUGUUGAUAUUGGCAUGCUGGUUGAUGCAUGUUGAUAUUGACAUGCUGGUUGUUGCAUGUUGGUAUUGACAUGCUGGCUGGUGCAUGUUAAUAUUGACAUGCUGGUUGUUGCAUGUUGAUAUUGACAUGCUGGCUGGUGCAUGUUGAUACUCAUAUAUUUGCUGUUUUAUGUUUUAUAUAAAUGACCUUUAACUCCAUAGAGGUUUGAAAUGAUUUUGUUGUUUUCUAUUUUUUUAUAAAUAAUUAUUGGUUCAGUCAUCUAUCAAACAAUAUAGCAAGCAUAGUACAUGUGUGUCUUAACAUGUGGUUGUCUUUUUUUAAGUGUGAAAAAAAAUUGAAUUUAUUAAGAUGACAAUAGAUAUCUAAACAAAUGAAAAAUUCUGUGUUCUGUAGAAUACACAGUAUUACUGGGGAACACGUAUAUAUAUAUAUAUGGAUUUCAAAGUAAAUUGGUAAACUAAAAUGGAGUGGGUUUAAAUUUCUUUAAAAAAAUUGUUUUAAGUAAUAAAGGAAAUAGUGAUCACAAUUAGUUUAUUCAAAAACAAAUAUUUACUCGAUGGUAUGAUGAUACAAAUACUAACUCUGAUGUGUCUAACUGUCUGGUUUUAGUCUUUGUUGUUUUCUAGUUAUCUUUGAAAAUACGUUUUUUAUAUUUUAUAUAUAAUGUUAAGAAAUAAUUAUAGAUUUCUGAUGAACUCUGAAUUUAUGCUAAAAACAAAUUAAACUAGACAUUUUACAAGAGUGAAUACUAGUAGAGAACAAAUAUAACAAAUAUAAACACUGUUGGUUAAAUAAACAUUUCCUGAAAUGGUAAAAAUUGUCAAAGGGAAUAGUAAUGGUAAUUAAAACAAAUUCAGUUCAGAACUGUAGUAAUUACAAAUAGGACUACUGGUGAAAAGUAGUCCAGAACUGUAGUAAUUACAAAUAGGCUACUGGUGAAAAGUAGUCCAGAACUGUAGUAAUUACAAAUAGGGCUAUUGAUGAAAAGUAGUCCAGAACUGUAGUAAUUACAAAUAGGACUACUGGUGAAAAGUAGUCCAGAACUGUAGUUAUUGUGAAUAGGGCUAAUGAUGAAAAGUAGUCCAGAACUGUAGUAAUUACAAAUAGGACUACUGGUGAAAAGUAGUCUAGAACUGUAGUGAUUGUGAAUACGAUUGUUAGUGAAAAGUUGUUUGGAACUUUAUAAAUAGCCAAUAGGACUAUUGGUUGAAUAAAUCUAUCUUUGAAUUCUAGAAAACACGAAGGGAACUAAGAAUAUGGUCAAAGAGAAAUCAUUCCUGAAUUCUAGUAAAUAUUAACGGAUAUAGAAUUAGUAAUUAAAGAAAAUUAUCUAAAAACUUUAGCAAAUUUGAAUGGAAAUAGGACUACUAACUAAAAGUAAACUAUUUCAGAUCUGUAAUAUAAUAGUACUGGUUAAUGAUAUGAAAUUAUCAAUUAUAGGUAUAGGACAAGUUUGUGAGAAACUUUGUAACUGUGAAGACAAGUAUGAUUGUUGGUUUAAAAGAAAAAUACUACAUGUAAAUAGAAUGGCAGUUUUGAGAGAAAAAACCUGAAGAUAACUACGUGAUAGUACACUGCUUUGUAAGAUGAAGGACUAAUGAUAUAAGGCUUGAAAAUGUUUAGUUAUAUGAGGUCUGAAAGAUUUGACUGGAAAGUUUUACUAAAUAAGAGCUGAAGAGGAAAUGCUUGAAACUUUAUAACUUCGAGAGGAGAUAAAAAGUACAGUAUGAAAUGAAUAAUUUUAGUUUUUUCAACAAUUUGAAAAAAAAAUAAAAUGAAGGUAGAGUUAUAACUGAUAAUAAAGAAGAUUUCAAACUCAUUUAGUGGAACCACAUAAAAUAAAAAAAAACUGUUUCAUGAAACUACUCAAUAUAUUGGAAAUAUGUAGGCUUAUACUCAUGAUAAAGUGUUUGAAUUUCUUUAGUAGAAUCACAUAAAAUAAACGAACGUGUUUCAUGAAAUGUAAAGUCAGUUAUGUGUCAUUAACUUGCUGCUAUGGUGAUACAGAAAAGGAAUUUGAAGAUGAUCUAAUUACAGCUUAAGAAUGAAGUGUUGUACCAUGUAAAAUUCAGCUUUAGCCCAGUCAGGAUUUGUAGAUUUAAGACUGGUUAUUCCAUCAUCUUGUAAAAUGUCAAAUUAAGUCACAUCUUGAAGGAGUGUGUCUCUCUCGUGUUUCAUUGAAGUUGAUAUUUUGCACUUCUAAAAGUUCUUUUAAUGUAUACAGUCAGUACAGAUUUUGACCAAAGUAAUAUAUAUAUAUAUUUGUCUGACAGUUUCAAAUAAACAAGCUGUUUAGUAGUUUGAA